AUAAUCGAAAAGAGAUUAGAAGCUGAAGAAGAAAGAGUUAAAGAAAAGAGAAACAAAAAAACAAGGAAAGACGAUACAAGAAAAAAAAUCGAAAAAAGACAAGGAAAUCAAAAAAAAAAGAAUCAAAAAAGAAAGAGAAUUGAAGAGAGAAAAGAAAAUUAA